CGCUUCUGCAGCAGCCAGUCUCUUCUCGUGCGAGCGUUGAUGGUGUCCCUUUGCUGAUGCAGCGGUGCCAGCCGACCGCGUUGUGCCCUGGAUUACCACCUAGUGCACCCUGAACACCCUGAGAGCACCUGAGCCACCCCCAAGAGCAGAGCCAGCCAUGAGCUCCGAAAUCGCAUUUUUCCAAGACAUGUGGCAGGACAUCGAGAGCAUGCUGAUGGGCUCUCAGCCGGCGGGUCCGCACGCGUCUCCAGUGGUGGCGAGCAGUCCGACGCCGCCGCCGUGCUCGCCGUACGGCGAGCAGCCGGCGCCGGUGGUGGCGCCGCCACCGAUGGUGCCGACGGACGAGUUCCAGACUGAGGAGUACGUCGACCUGGACUUCCUGAUCAACCACGCGGCCGAGCAGCACGCGUACGAGCCCGAGUCGGACGGCCUGAUGACGGUGGUGCAGACGCAGGUGGCCUACUGCCACGGCCAGAUGUCGCCGCCGGCCAGCCCGGACACGCAGGAGAAGCCGCCGGCGCCGCGGCCGCUGCAGUUCAAGGUGAUGACGCCGCCGUCGUCGCCGAACCUGCAGGCGGCGAUCGUCAUGCCCGUGGCGGACAAGCCCAAGCGCGGCCGGCGCAGCUGCGGCCGCAAGAAGCUGACCACGCACACGUGCUCGCACCCUGGCUGCGGCAAGACGUACACCAAGUCGUCGCACCUGAAGGCGCACCUCAGGACGCACACCGGCGAGAAGCCGUACCAGUGCUCGUGGAAGGCGUGCGGCUGGAAGUUCGCCCGGUCGGACGAGCUGACCAGGCACUACCGCAAGCACACCGGCGACCGACCCUUCCAGUGCAGACUCUGCGAGCGGGCCUUCUCCAGGUCGGACCACCUGUCGCUGCACAUGAAGCGGCACGUCAGUGUGUAGAAGAGGAAAGUGAGCAGGCCGGCCGAGGGACACACGUGUGAAAGUCGUCGGAAAAGACACUCGAGCCCAGACUCACACCUCCGCGCGCGCCGCUGAACAGAGCUGCGUGAAAGAAAGUCAUUAAAAUAGACAGUCAAACGAGAGUAAUGUGUGCCGGCGAACGCUGCCGACGCCGCAUUUUGAAAGUGUAUGUACGCGAACGGAUUGCAGUUCGAGAGCCGAGCCGCUCCUAACUCGAUCGAUCAGACCGAGGGGGUCUCAAGCAGGUUUUACUCAACAGCCAAUGCCGACGACAAUUUUGCCACAAAUUAAAUUAGGCCGCUCGGGAAAAAAUCAUCAUCUAUGAAGAUCGAUCAAGGCUGAAAAAUCUUGCAAAAAAUUUUCAAUUAAUUCAGGGUUGCAUUUGCUUACCACUCAAUUUUUACCAAUUUCUUGCGCAAGAAAUUGUUCCAUUUUCACCUGUGAAAAUCUGAAAUUUGCGGUUGGAGUGGUCAAAAUUUCCUCUAAUGUGCGGAUUUUUUCUUUUAAAUUGCCAUUAAAUUUGCUGCCUCAAUUUCUUCAAGUCGAGGUCAUGAGCUAAUAUUUAGGAAAUUAUUGAAAACUGAGUUGCAAACAUUACCUUCAAGAAACUGCUUAAAGUUGAAAAACCCGCCUUUUACAACUUUUUCUUUAAAAAAUGCGUAUUUUUUGCCAACCUGAUAUAAUUGAUAUUUCAAUUUUAAACAAUUUUCACAUAGCAACAAUGAGCUAUCCAAAAAACAAAAGCUAUUUUCUUCUUAAAAUAAAAAUUUCCCAUUCUUUUACGCAAAAUCUAGCAGUUCAACCAGCAGUGGUUAAAAACCUGCAAAAAAUGCAGAUUUUUUUAUUCUAAAAUGGAGGAAAAUGAUUUUUAAAUGAAAUUCAUUAUUAUUUUGGCAAAAAUUUAGAUGCCCUCUUUCCCCUCGGUAUUUUCCUAUUUCUCUACCCAUUUUUAGAUUUGCAAGAAUUUUGGCAACCCUGCGUUUCCAUUGAUUAGACUCCAAACCUCAGCUCACAAUCAGAACCCCUCAUUUUCCACACAAAAAAAACCCUAUUAGAUCGGCUUAAAAUAAACUGCAAUAGCAAUUGGCAAAUUUAAUGACAGAAAUUUGGGCCCGGCCUUGAUUUGCGACCGCAGUUUGCAAUUCCCAAAUUGCGAUGCGUAAUUUAGUGUGCGUUGGUAUCUAUCUAACAGGUCGGCUUUGGCUUCUUUUGCUCCUCUCGGCUCUCUCGGAACGAGCGAGCGAGUCUCAUGAAAUAAAUACGUGCGCAUCAAGGUCGACCGGUUUGUUUGUCCGCAUUAAAAUGAGUUUGUCAUACGAAAUGAGCGGCCGGCUUAAUUAAAGUGUCGAACAAUGCAACAGUGAGCAACGAACGAGCGCCUUUCGACCUCUCGAGAAAAUUGCACCACCGCGCAAAUUGUUCGAAUUCUAGUCAAAAAGUGUGCUUUUUGCAAUUUUUUCUUUCACGUGCCUCAAGCAACGCCAUUCUCGAAAUCAAGUUACCCUUGUUACAAGUUCUGCCAUCGAUGAUUUUUGUCACGUUUUCGCCUGCCCAACUCGCACCUUCCGUCCUCUGUGAUUCGGAUUUAUUUGUUCAAGUCAGACAUUCUAAAGCAACAUUAUUUCAUUUUCGACUAAAGCAUAGGCUACACGAAAAAUCGGGUCCAAAAAUUUUGGAUUAAAUAUUUCUCAUGAAGUUUCUGCUUGAUUUUGUAAUAAUAAUUAGUUAACAUCUUGCAAGUUAUAUUUUUAGAACUUUUUGAAUGAUUAUUUUAAAGACCGUCUCUGACAAAGUUUCUGAGCACAACCAAUCGAUUCUUGAGGGUCUAAUAAUUAGGUAAAGUGGAUAUUUUUGCCGACCAAAAAGUCCAGCGCGACGAGUGAACUUUUUUCCCGCCAAAACAAUAGGAAUUUAUGAUGCGAGAACUGCGCAUGCGUCAGAGCUGGUUUGAUCACUGGCAGAGGCCUGUACGAAUGACUCCAGCCAGCUCUGACGCACGCGCAGUUCUCGCAUUCAUUUUGUUUCGGCGGGAAAAAGUUCUACUUGUGCUGCGCACGUCGCGCUGGACUUUUUGGUCGGAAAAAAUAUCCAUUUUACCCAAUUCAACCCUCAAGAAUCGAUUUUUGUGCUUAGAAACUUCGUCACAGACUGUCUUUAAUUGCUGGAUUUUUAUUGAAAGUACCAGUCGGUUAUGCAGAAAAGUCGUGAAAUCCUGAAUAGCAAUAAUGGUGCUUGGAAUCUGACACAAACUGUCAACGUGAUCGAUUUUUGUUACAUGCCUGGAAAGAAGAGUAUCUUUUUGUGAUUGUCGUGCGAUUUGGCAGGAUUGAAAAUGAGUUUUGGCGCGCGUUCGUAGAAAGUGCGUGUGGAAAUAAUUUAAUGCGAGGAUUGAAUCAUUGUGUCACUUUCCACUCUCGAUUUGCAUUUAGACGAGUGUGCGACAGUGUCAGCCAACCCUCGAAAAAAGAAAGAAAGAAAUAUAUAUAUACUGAUCGCACUGGACGCGAACGAACGCUCUCCGUUUACCACAACUUGCCAUACAUAUUUUAAACUUAAUUUUAAUCUAGGCUGUUGACACGCACACAUACUGGAGCAUGUUUUAGUACAACUUUUUUCCACUGCUCUCGCGUGUGUGUGCUAGUUAGUGAUAAUCAUUAUUCUCUCUCUCCUCUCUCUCUCUUUUCCUGAGAUAAUCGCGCACUCGCAAUAACCAAUCAGCCAACUGAUGACGCAGGUUUUCAAAAAACUUAGUCAGAAAACGCACUUUCCGACGAUUAUUGCUCCUCUAUUACGAUUCGAAAUCUCAAGCUGUGGCAUCUUCGAGUGCACAAUUUAAUUAACUCUUAUUUAAUGUACAUAGUAAGCAUUGUCAAACACUAAGACGAAUUCCGGUUUGAAACCUUAUUGUGUAUGGUGUCCAAUUGGAAUCGGUCUAUCGCGUUUAAAUAGCGUUUGUCUGUCGAAUUUUGCUCCAUACUGUCAACAACUGAACUUGUACUUGUUGAAAUUGUUUGUAAAAUCGUAAUCUAAUAAUCGAUUAAUAACUGUGUACUUUUGACCGGAAAGAGAGUUUCCAAUGUUAACGAGCGCGUCUGUAUUAUUUAUGAGAUUUGUAAAAAUGCCUAUUGUUACACAACUUGUGUGGUAGAAAUAAAUUACAACGAUAUAUAAUUUCAACGACAAACAA